GUACUACUAUGAUGCUGAUCUCCGGCUGUGUCGAAUGUACUGGCACGGUGGCUGCUUCUCGUACUCGAAAAAUGAUUUUCCCGAUCAGGAAACAUGCCAGUGGAAAUGCAUGGGAGUACAUUCAGAGCAAGCUUCAAAAGCGUGCCUGGACCCAUUCGAUCGGACGUACCUUGAAGACUGUCGUCACGGCGAAUUUAGCACUCGUUACUACUUCAACUUCGGUCGGAAGAAAUGCCAGUCAAUCUACUGGGGUGGCUGUCAGUCAUCAUCUCAAAAUUUCUUCACCAGUCUCGAUCCAAUGCGAGGAGUUGUGCGAGUCGCCGCCGCGUGAACUUGCUCGUCAGUUUGAAU